AUGGAUUCCCAAAUUGGGGAAGUUGACAUAUUUCAACAAUGCAAAUAUAUUCACGAGGUCGAAUUGGUGAAUAUGAAAUUGCAAAUGAGGAUUCUUGAAACGCAUAUUGAGACGAAAGAUCGAUUGCUUCGAAAUUUGGAAGAUAUUAUUGACGAACAGGAAGCAAGAAUUGCCAAUAUGGAAGACUUCAUUCAAGGUCGAGCGACGACGUACACAAAAAGGAAUGAAAUGCUCAAAGGAAUUUCAGUAUUGUCGUUGGACUUUGGAACGCUUUCGGAAGAAAAUCUGCGCCUUAAAAAUGCGUUGACACAAAUUCAAAAAUCGCAAAGAAUGACUGAUUUGUUGGAGACCGAUGAGGAUUAUGAAAGUGAUAUGACUAGCGGCGAAUCAAGAUUUUCAGUCCGAUCGAUGAGUCCGGUGCCAAAAGGAGAUGUGAAACCGUACAAUUUGAUGGCCCAAUCGAUGAGAGAAGAAUCGCAAAUCAAAAAGUUGCAAAGAUGUGCUGAAGAGUUGAAGCAUGAGAAGGAUGAGCUGCGACAAUUAGCUCUGGACACGAAGGACGCGUUCAAUGUGUGCAUGACCGAAAUGAAGAUGAUGCUCACUUCGAAAACGACGGACUUCUUCCGGGUCCUCAUCGAACGCUACAAGGCUGAAAUGGAAAAGAGGAAGCAAUUGCACAAUCAAUUGGUUGAAAUGAAUGGUAACAUUCGUGUGUUUUACCGCGUUCGCCCGCAAUUGGAGCACAAUGAGCAAAAACCAUUAGUGUAUAUUGAUGAAAUGGAUAACGGAGUUGUGCAUGUCUGCAAUGCUCAGGGAGCCAAAAAGACGAGUGCCAGUGCCGAUAAAGUUAUCCCAAUGGAUUUCACGCAGCAACAAAUUUUUGAUGAAGUUUCUCCAAUUAUAACAAGUUGCAUUGACGGCUACAAUGUUUGCAUUUUCGCCUAUGGACAUACCGGAAGUGGAAAAACUUAUACGAUGGAAGGGCCGAUCGAGAAUCCUGGAAUUAAUCAAAGAGCGAUCAUGCAAUUGUUCGAAACAGCCAAUGAACGAAAUGAUGACAUCAAAUACACUAUCAAAGUGUCAAUGAUGGAGAUCUACAAUGAAAAAAUUAGAGACUUGUUGAACACAAGCAACACGAAUUUGGCGAUUCGUCAGACGGAAAACGGCAAAUGCGCGAUUCCGGGUCUUGAGGAAAUUACAGUAAACUCUGCGCAAGAAGUGACGGACACGUUGACGCGUGGCCGCAAAAAUAAAGCCGUUGCAGCGACGGAGGCAAACAUUGAGUCGAGUAGAUCGCACGUGAUCGUUCGUGUUCUUGUCACCGCAACCAAUCUCAUCACCAACAAUACCACGACUGGAAGACUAAAUCUUGUGGAUUUGGCCGGAUCGGAACGAGUCUCACAAACCAAUGCAACAGGGCAAUUGUUGAAGGAGGCUCAAUCAAUUAAUAAGUCCCUUUCGGAGCUCGGAAACGUUGUGCUCGCGCUUCGUCAAAACCAAAAACACAUUCCAUUCCGCAAUUGUCAGCUGACUCGAAUUCUGGAGGACAGCUUGAAUGGAGAUAGUAAAACUCUUGUUAUUGUGCACUUGUCACCAGAUGCAAAAAGCCUCAACGAAUCGAUAAGCAGUGUAAUCUUUGCCGAAAAAAUCGGGCAAGUUUUCACGAAAAGCGGAACGAUAAAAAGGGAUGGAACAAGAAGGAGUCUAACUGGAGUUUCGAGCGGCGCCCGAAGAGAAAUUACUGCUUCACCAAGAAAAUGA